AACUCGACCCGACCCGAAUCCAACCUGAAUGACCCGACCCGAACCCAACCUAAAUGACCCGUUUGUGAGGUCUUAGCCCAUAAACACCAACAAAAUACCAAGUAAAUACAAAAAGAUGGUACACGCAUUCACUAAACCUCUAACCAAUAACUCCACCAUUACCAACUUUAUGUAUAUAAAACAAUAUCCAUGACCAAGAAAAUCGAAAGAGGUAAUCAAACAACUCCCUCGUCAAACAACCCCAUCAACACACUCUCUCUCCUCUAGUCCUCUGUACCAAAUAAUGCAACCACUCAUCAUCCUCUUUAUUCUCAUCAUACUCAUCCUCCUCAAGCUCACUCACACUAUCUUAUAGGUCCCAUGGAAAAUCCAACGCCGCUUCAUGAACCAAGGCAUAUUAGGCCCCACAUACCGCCCAAUCUUCGGCAACACGGCCCAAAUCCGACUGUUGUAUGCUGAAGCCCAAUCCAGGCCCAUUCAAAAUGAACAAGAAGAUGGAGAUGGUCUAAUGGUACUGAAUCAUGAUAUCUGUCAUCGAGUCAUGCCUUUCUACCAUAAAUGGUCGGCCCAAUAUGGGAAGACUUUCUUAUAUUGGUUUGGGCCUAGGCCCAUGCUUGCUAUUGCUGAUUAUCAGAUGAUUAAGGAAGUGUUGAUCAAUAAAAAUGGGUUGUUUAGGAAAUUGAAGUAUAAUCCUUUGGCUAAAGUGUUGUUUGGUCAAGGACUUGUUGGCCUUGAAGGUCAUAAAUGGGCUUUUCAUCGUCGUAUUGCUAAUCAAGCUUUUACCAUGGAAAGGAUUAAGAGUUGGAUACCAGACAUUGUUGCUAGUACAAAAAAGACACUAACAGCAUGGGAGGAGACCAAAGGAGGCCAAGAAGAACUUGAGCUUGAUGUGCACCAAGAGCUUCAUACUCUCAGUGCAGAUAUUAUAUCAAGGACCGCCUUUGGAAGCAGCUACGAAGAGGGAAAGCGAAUAUUUCAAUUACAAGAACAACAAAUGAACCUUGUCUCCCUUGCUCUCAGAAGCAUCUACAUUCUUGGAUUUAGGUUUUUGCCAACUAUGAAAAACAGAGAGAGGUGGAGGUUAGAUAAGGAAACUCGUGAUUCGAUUAAAGUGUUAAUCUCAAGAAACCAAGAUUCAACUAAAAACCAAAGCAACUUGCUGAGUUUAUUCAUGUCUGCUACUGAUUAUGAUGAGGAUGGAAAAGAAAGGAGAUUGAGUAUAGACGAAGUCGUAGAAGAGUGUAAGACUUUUUACUUUGCAGGGAAAGAUACAACUGCUAAUCUUCUUACUUGGGCACUCAUCUUACUAAGUACAAACCAAGAAUGGCAAAACAAGGCAAGGGAUGAAGUUUUUCGAGUUUGCUGUGUCCAUGGAUUUCCUACUGCAGACAACAUCAAUGACUUCAAGCUUAUUAACAUGAUACUCAACGAAACCUUACGAUUAUAUCCGCCUGCUGUGAUGAUGAAGAGAAGAACUAUCAAAGAAGCGAAGUUAGGAAAUCUUACAAUUCCUGCAGAAACACAGCUAUAUCUAGCCAUGACGGAUGUUCAUUAUGAUGUGAAUAUUUGGGGAGAAGAUGCAAACAAGUUCAACCCUUUGAAAUUUACGGAACCUCGAAAGCAUCCAGCCACAUUUUUUCCUUUCUCAUUAGGUCCAAGAGUUUGUGUUGGGCAAAACUUGGCUAUGGUGGAAUCAAGAAUUGUACUAGCCAUGAUUGUUCAAAAAUAUAUGUUGGUGUUAUCUCCAACUUAUGUUCAUGCACCAAUGCAAUUGUUGACCUUGCAACCUCAAUAUGGGGCUCCUAUCCUUUUUAGGAAAGUCAACUAAUUUAUAUUGACUAUCUUGGAGCUUGGCCGGCCCGGAGGAGUAGGCCUCGAGUGUGACCGCCUAGAGCCCACGUCAGAAAUCAGUUUGUAUAGUUGUAGUAUUUUACUCUGUAGUUUUUACUCGUUAGAAAAAACUACUUUUUAAAAAGUUAAUUACUGUAUUUAGUUAGCACUUAACAUUAAACUACUUAGAUUUCAAUCAGGUGGUGAUAACAAUGCAAUAUAACCUCUUCACUUGAGAGUGAGGGAUAGCUCAAGUGGUUAGAGCUUCCCUCCUGAUAUUUGGAGGUCCUGGGAUCGAUUCUCACCCCUACCCUUUUUGCUCUCUAAACACCAAAAAAUUAUAACCUCUUCACUUCUUUUUCAAUGAGUAUUUGCUCCAAAAUAUUAAUC